GUAUUCAGCCGCUGAUGUUCGCUCUCCCUCUCUCUCGCUCCUCCGUUCUGCUUCUAAAAAUAUAUACAACUCUUUCCUUCCCUUCCCUUCCCUUCCCUUCCCUUCCAUUCCUUACAUUCAUUCUCUCUCGUCUUCCUCUAAUUAAUUCUUCCCUCUCUUUCUCUCCGAGCAUGCCAUUUCUCUACAUUUCCUCUUUUUGUUUAGAUUCACGCGAGAGGGAGAAUUAUACGCAAAGAUUACGUGAAAGGUAACAACCACUAGCAUCGGGAGAAGAAGAACAAGAACAGGAAAAAUGGCAUCUAAUAUUGGGAUGAUGGACGGCGCAUAUUUUGUCGGCAGGAAUGAGAUAUUGACUUGGAUCAACAAUUGUCUUCAACUCAAUCUCUCUCGCAUUGAAGAGGCUGCGUCUGGUGCUGUUCAAUGUCAGAUGAUGGAUUUGACUCAUCCAGGAGUUGUGCCAAUGCACAAGGUGAAUUUUGAUGCCAAGUCUGAAUAUGACUAUAUCCAGAACUACAAAGUGCUACAGGAUGUAUUCAACAAGUUAAAAAUCGAAAAGCAUAUCGAAGUGAACAAGCUUGUUAAGGCAAGGCCAUUAGACAAUUUGGAGUUCUUACAAUGGCUUAAGAGAUACUGUGAUUCUGUUAAUGGUGGAAUUAUGAACGAGAAUUAUAAUCCCAUUGAAAGGAGAUGCAAGGGCGGAAAAGAGCGAGUUAGGGGCUCUGUAAAGGCUUCAAAAUCAUUGCAAUCAAAUAAUUCCCAUCAUCAUUCUGCCACAGUUGACUCAGGUGGAAUGCAUAAAACUCUCAGGCCAAAGCCAGGUAGGGGAAGUACUGGGUCAAUAGGGGGCCAUAAUUCAUCAGUAGAUAUCCAGGCAUUGUCGAAUGAGAUUACAGAUUUGAAGUUGUCGGUGGACCUACUGGAGAAAGAGAGAGACUUUUACUUUGCGAAGCUACGAGAUAUAGAGAUACUUUGUCAGAUCCAAGAGCUGGAAGAGCUUCCGGUGGCAGUUGCUAUCAAGAAGAUACUAUAUGCAGCCGAUGCCAAGGAGCCCGCACUCGAGGAAGCUCAGGAGUAUCUGGCAGAAGCAUUGAACGCUAGUGAAGAAGAAGGAGAGGAAGCAUGAGCUCUAGGGAGAUACUGAGCUAGCAUAGGUGCUUAAAGGGAAGUCUAUUCCACCACCUCUCCAAAACCAAUAAAGCACCAACAAGGCCCUUUAAACUCGCUAUCGAGGGGCGCUUGUUGAUCAUAUGCUGGAGAAGAAAUUGGUAAAGAGGUUGUGCUCCUGUCAUGGUCAAUGAUCAAGUAUCCUUGCUAUGAUGUGGAAGAUACCAAUCUUCUUUGAGUUUUUUAAUAUACCAGCUGACCAGCUUGUACAUCGGAUGUGUAUAUUGUAUUGUUGAAAGAGGUUGUAUUUGAUGGAGCCUGUAAGUUUUUUUGGGUAGGAAAACAGAAAAUAUUUGCAAUUUUAGGGUCAUCCUUAAUCGUAACACUGGGCUCAAUUAAGCCACAGAUGGAGUGUUGGGCCUUGGUUUAAACUAAAUAA